AUGAAUGAAAAUGAAGAUUUAUUUUUAAAUAUUUGGAGAAAUAAUAUUUUAAGAGAGAAAAUUUUAAAAUUUAUUGAUUUAUUUAGAAUUAAUAAUUUUAAAUCAUUUAAAGAAAUAAAUGAUUUAUUAUCAUUUGAAUAUAGAGAAUUUAUAAUUGAAUUAGAAUAUUGUGGUAAAAAAGAAUUAUCAAUUGGAGAUAUACCAUCAAAUGUUGAAACAUUAAUAUUAACAAGAAAUGAAUUAUCAAAUGUACCUGUUGAGAUAUUACCUAGUUCAAUUAAAAAAAUAGUAUUUCCAAUGAAUAAUAAUGGGUCAUCAUUUUCAACACCAUUUACAAAAUUUAAUAAAUGUUCAAAGAAUUUAUCAAAUUUACAAUGUGUUGAAAAUGUGAAUUUAUUUAUAAUAAAUCAAAGAGAAGAGUUUAUACUAAUUCCAAAGAGUUUAACAUCAAUUUCAUUUUGUAAGAAAUCAUUAUUUAAUGAAAUGUUAACACCUGGAAUAUUUGCAAAUAAGUCUAUUAAAUAUUUAAAUCUUGGUGAUAAUUGGGAUAAUGGUGGUAAACUAUUAGAGAAUGGAGUUUUUGAGUAUGGUUUAUUGGAGUUGUCAAUCCCGGGCUACUCAAAUGCAUUAUUGCCUGGUGUGAUUCCAAAGAGUGUAACAUCACUUUCGAUUGCUCAAUCUGCAAAAAAUGAAAUUAAAGAAGACUCAAUCCCAAAUUCAGUUACUAAACUUUAUUUGACACCAAUUGAUGUAGAACGAAAGAAAGCACCAACAGUUCGAUGUAUUGGUAUUUCUAGUAUAAAAAGUAAACUUUCAUUUUCAAAUGAAAAAAAAUCGUUAUUACCAAGUUCUGUAAAAAGAUUAAUAAUAAAACCAAAUAUGGUAGCAUUUAAUUUACCACAAACUUUAUUACCAAUGACUUUAACUGAUUUAACAUUACAUUCAUAUGAAAAUGAAGGUUUAAUAAUUAAAAAAGGAAUGUUACCAAAUUGUUUAAAAUCUUUAAAAGUUGCAACUGAUUAUAAAUUCAUUGAAUAUGAUUCAUUACCAUCUGGUUUAAAAUAUUUAAAAUAUCGUGUAUCAAUUCCUGAUCAUACAAAAUAUCCAAAUUGUGAUAUUGUUCAUGGAUUUUUCCCACAAUCUUUGUCUCAUCUUUGCUUAAAUAUGAGUUUUACAAGUGUUAGUGCUGGUUUGUUCUCCCCAAAUCAAAGAAAUUCAUUCUCCAUUGAUAAGAGAACAUGUUUAGAAACAUUAGAAUUUGGUGAAGAUUUUAAUUGCAAUAUAUUUUGUGAAAAAAUAAUUCCACAUGGUGUAACAACUCUUUCAUUUGGGUUCAACUAUGAUCAACCAAUUAAACCAGGUGUUCUUCCAAAUACAAUUACAAAUUUAAAAUUAGGUGGUAGAUUUAAUCAUAGAUUACUACCUGGUAGUAUUCCAGAUAGUGUUGUUAAUCUUCAAUUUGGUUAUUACUAUAAUAAAUCAAUUGAACCUGGUGUUUUACCAAACUCUUUAAAAUCAAUUAAUUUAGGUAAUUGUUUUGAUCAAUACCUAUUUGUUGGUUCAAUUCCAAUGGGAACUGAAAAAUUAAUUAUUUCACCAUGUUUUAAUCAACCAAUUGAUAGAGUUGGUAUAUUUCCAUCAUCUUUAACUUAUUUAAGUUUUAAUGUUAAAGAUUAUCAUCAUCCAGUUUAUAUUUCAGUUGAUUAUAAUAAUCAAUAUGAUGAUGAAAAUAAUCAAAUUAAUGAAAAUUUAAAAUCAAUAAUUAAAAAUAAUAAUAUUGAUAAAUUAAAUUUAAAUGAAAAUAAUAUAGAAGAACAACAACAGCAAGAACAACAAUAUGAUCAAAAUGAUCAAUACUAUGAAUAUAAUGAAAAUUAUAACGAAAAUAAUGAAUAUUAUAAUGAAAAUAAUGAAAAUAAUGAAAAUUAUAAUGAAAAUAAUGAAAAUUAUAAUGAAAAUAAUGAAAAUUAUGAAUAUUAUGAUAAUCAAGAUUAUCAAUAUUAUGAUGAAGAUAAUAAAGAUUAUCAAGAAUAUCAAGAAUAUGAAGAAUAUCAAGAAUAUCAAAAUAAAAAAGAAGAAAUUUGUAAUAUUGUAUUUGAAUGUAUAUUCCCAUCAUCAAUUAAAAAAUUAGAACUAUCAAGUGUUGUUAAAAGUUUAAUUGAAAAAAACAAAUAUUAA